GGUGUUCACCGCUACAUUCAAAACCAAAAACGACAAAUGCAGUUGAGUUUUUCACAUAUUAAAUCAGCAAAAUGAAAAGAAAGUUUCCGAGAUGCAAGAUUAAAACAAUACUGAAAAAGACCCAACCGAAUGUGCGGUUGGGUAAAAAUGUCGAUAUACUGGUUUUUCUAGACUACAUGAUGUUUCUAAAGAGGUUGUCUACCGAGGCGAAUGUUGCAGCACAAGAGCAGAAGGAGAAUACACUAAGUGCCGAUCACAUCAAUUCUGUGCUCAAGGAUGUUCUUAAAGGCAUGAGAGGAUGAAUCAUAAUCAACAGAAGACAAUCACAAUCUUCCAAUCAACAGCCGCAUCAGUUGCAGUUUUGAUGUCAAUCUUUCCCAAGCUUGAUCUGUAGAUCUGUCAUCAAUCAGUACUUUUCAGUUUCUGAUUAAAAAUGGGGACUUUCUCUAAAGAACUGGGG